AGCAUGCGAAAUUCUUCAGAAGAGAAACUUACCUUGCUUUGCACAUUGUUUGAAUUUAAUAGCACAAGAUACUUUAUCUCUCGAUUGUAUAAAAGGCAUAACAGGUAAAUGUAAACGGAUCGUAGCUUUCUUCAAAAGCAGCACAACUGUCUAUGCUAAAUUUAGGUCAGCUCAGGGAAUUGAGAGACCCUAUAGCCUAGUGCAAGAAGUAUCUAGGCGCUGGAGCAGUGCAUAUAGAAUGAUUAAACGCAUCUUACUAACGAAGGACGCUAUUGCAGUUGUGCUGCUUAAUACAACUAAGGCUCCAGCUGCAUUGACAGCUGAUGAUAUAUGCAUAUUAGAAGAUUUAGUAGACCUGCUAGCACCGUUAGACAAUGCUACUACUCAGGUUUCAGCUAGCCAGUCUGUUACGGUUUCCUUACUUAUCCCUACGAUAAGUGAGCUACAUCAAAAUUACCACGAUUUAUAUAGCAAAAUGAAAACAACUGAAGGAAAAAGUAUUUGUUUGUUUUUGAUUGAACGUCUUAUUCAUCGACUUUCAAAGUUUGAAACCCGAACAGUUACAAGGGUGGCAACAUUACUGGAUGCAAGGUUCAAAAAGGAAGGAUUUCGGUCAGCAAACAAUGCAGCCGUUGAUGAAAGGGUAAUACCGCCAACACCACCAAACUUAUCACAACCGCAACCUUAGUUCAAAUUUUUACAACAA